AAAGGCACUUCACCUUUAAGCAGAUAAACCUGAAAGGAUAGCCUACCUCUCAUCGUAGUUUUUUUUUUUUCAUCAUAUGCGACGGGCACAAAACGUUACAGUAAAGUGAAACCCUGCGUGACACACAUAACAAAUUUGUGCGCCUUCAUUUUUUACUCAUACUUUUUUGAGCGUAGAUAUAUUUUUUCGUUUUCCUCUUUGGUGAAAUAUCCCCAAUUUAUCGCGCAAGGUGAAGGGAAAACUCAUAUGACUGCUCUUCCCAUUUGAACAAAAGUUGGUGAAUAGCUAAGUAGGGAAGCGCGUUAGAAGCGUAUUGGGGAGUUUUCUUUUCCCAGCCCAUCUUCGCCACGCGCCGCGCUUAAGCAGUUCUGCGAGCCAUUCCGCACGCCCAUCAUACAGUACACCCUCUGCAGAGCACACCCGCCACAACCCGUGCUGUGCACCUCGACCACCCGCACUUGGUACCAUCGCAACUGACGAGGCAACGGCACCAAAAUGGAGAGCGCCCACCUGGAUAGGCUCAAUUACGACUUCAGAAUAAAAGACGUCACCUCCAUACGGGACAUCAAUUUGCAAGCCAAGGAAAACAACAUUGAGCAUUUCCAUGAGCAAAUAUUACUAAAUGAAGAAAAGAAUUUCUUAAAAAGAACCGGUUUGAUAUACGGAAGCCAGGAAGUCUUUAAGCAUGUAAUGGAUAGAGACAUCGUGGCCAUGUCCCGGAGGUUGCCAGGGAUAAGAAGCAGUAUGUUGUCCCUCGAUGUUGUGCGAAAUUCCAUCGAUCGGAUAGACGCGCACGAGUAUAUGGACAAUCUGACUCACCAAUCGCAGGAGCCACUCAGCGAACUCAUUGAGCGCAAGAUGAACAUUUAGGGUGCGUACCGAGUGGAGAUGAUCAAAAUAGAGAGCCUGUUCGUAGGUACCCCGUUUCAUCGUAACAGCGGAGGGUGCCAUUUUUACGCAGCUUAACACACGUGCAGGCAUCAGUUUUGCAGAUAUG